AGUAGCAAAAUUAAUGUACAUGCAUUUUAUUGAAAUUAUUAUUUUGAGGAUAGUGUAUAUUAGUAUAUAUAACACAAUAAACUGAAGGAUAAAUCCAGCACUGUAAAUGAUCGUCUCUGAACAGAGCCAUGCAAAUUUAUAUUAUCCUCUUGACUGGUUUUUUGGCACACGUAUCGGGAGUUACAGCAUGUACCUGUUACCCUGUAGACCCGCAAACUAAAUACUGUGGAGCUGUCAACGUUGUAAUUGCAAAUGUCACUGGGAUGACUUAUGGAGAGGGAUAUCCGAUCAUUGACACCCCACGGACCUAUGACGUGAAUGUUUUGCAUGUUUAUAAAGGAAAUAUCGGUAAAGGGCCUGCAAAAAUUGUUACUGCUGAAAAUGAUGCCAUUUGUGGUGUAACUCUACUGAAGAAAAAAGUGUAUCUUCUGAAUGGUAAUAUAGAGAAUGGGAAAAUGCGGAUCCGCCAAUGUAGCAUAAUAUCUUACUAUCCGAUUAAGGAUCCAAACACAUUUCCAUUAGAUGCGUAUUACGAUUGCAGAUGCAAAGUAAAACGUAUGCUUUCGGGAGAAGUUGAGAAAAACACUUGUGAUGUAGUGAAAAGGGCUCGUCGUUGCCCUUCCGGCUCCAGGGCCUUUGAUGACAGACCCGAGUGUCAGUACAAUAAGGAUAAAGGUGACUGUGAAUGGAAAUGUUAGAAUUAUCUUGUACACUAUCUAGAUUACAUUGUACAUAAAGAAUAAAAGUCUGCAAAUCC